AUGCCUUCCGAGCUAUUUGUUUUGACUUCAGCAGACAGAACCCUGACAGGAGCACAGACUUUACGCGGGUGGUACUUGCCUGAAGCAGCGCAUCCCUACUACUUGCUCGCCCCACACGCAACCAUCGAUUUUGCCGCGCCAAAGGGGGCCAAUCCGCCGCUAGACGAAAGUAGCGUGAAAAAAUACGGCACUCACCAGCGUACGCAGCUAUACAAAGAUGAGGAGUCUGUCAGGUUUCUUACCGAUCCUGUGCACAAAAAGCUGUCGGAGGUGCAGUUCCGCGAUUACGAUGCUAUUUUUUACGUUGGGGGGCACGGGCCUGUAAUUGAUCUUCCAACCGAUAAGGACAACAUCAAGUUGAUUGGAGAGGUAAGCCCGCCAAACAGAGGUCGUGCUGAAGAAUGGGUUUACAACCUUUUGGGGAACGCCGACGGCAAGUUAAAUUUUGCAGGACGAACGUUCACUGGAUUCUCAAACGAAGAAGAAGUUCAAGUCGACAAAGUCGCGGACAUCCCAUUUUUGCUGGAGGAUAGGAUUCAAGAUCUCGGAGGCAAAUAUGUCAAGGCUGAUAAAGCUUGGGGUGUGAAAAUUGCGGUCGAUGGGAAGCUCAUUACGGGCCAGAAUCCUGCCUCUGCUUCCGCUGUUGGAAAGGCACUUCUCCAGGCUCUUGGGGUACAUUAA